GCACUCGCGACUUUUGGCGCCUCUGCCAGCUUUGCCCGGCGUCGUCUCGCAGUGAUGCCAUCUCAGCCAAGCAUAGAGGCAUUGCUCGGACAGACCAGAAGCAAGCCAACGACAUCCGGCAUCGUCCAUGACCCUCUGCGUGACGAGAGAGUCGUGCCCGUCUCACGCCGGCCAGAUGGAUCACUACGCAAGGAGAUCAAGAUCCGUCCGGGCUUCACGCCCGCCGAAGAUCAAUCCAAAUUUCGUUCGGCAAGGCAGCUCGACAUGGACGAGAGGGAACGGUCCAACAUCGUCCCUGGCAUCUCCAGACCGGCUCCGGUAGGCUCGGCUCCUGUAAGCGAGCACAAGACCAGCAGGAGGCGGCCAAAGAAGAAGGAAGCCGUCCCCGCUGCAGAGCCUGACAUACCGGACGACUGGGACGCCGAAGAGGACAGUCCAGCGCCCGUCGCGUCAGAGGCCAACGCGGCUCCCUCCGCGCCCCUGAAUGUAGCCAGUCAGGACAUAGACCCGAGCUCGCUCAGUCCAGAAGAACGCGAGAGGCGAGCUCGACAGAUAGCCAAGAAGCUGCGGCAAGCUCGUCAAUUGGCAGACAAGGCCAAAGAGACUACCCUCUUGCCCGAGCAAAAGGCGAAAGUGGACUCCAUCGAUGAGCUCACUCGCUUGCUAGACGCUCUAUCAGCUUCAGACACUUAGGCCCACGAUCAUACAUGCAUGCAUCAGAUGAUCUGUACACAGUCGCGCAGCCAUGCCUCGAAUUCUUCGAGUUCAGUCAGUUCAUCUGCUGCUUGAUCUGGAGCAAGAUCGUCUUCUGCGUCAGAGAGGAUGUCAUACUGGUCUUGUAUGCUUGCCGACGAGCUCGGAAGGAAUAGGGGCGCUUCGUGCGGCCUAUCACGCGAGCCCUCGUCAAUCAAUUUAUUUGACUUGUGCACGAGUUCGAUGUCAUCGUCCGAGUCCUCAAUGAUGGCGACUCGCUUGCGCUUCAAGUUUUGCGUAUGCGCAUUGUCUUCACCAAGCGACGUCGCUGGAGAAGUCACUUGCGCCGGCGUGGAAGGCGGCAGCAUUAGAGGGUAUACGCCCGGUAGCGAGCCGUCGCUGUCGGCAAGGUCGCACAUAGCCUUGUCACUAUCGUCGGCUAUCUUGACCCUGUUCAGAACAGCGUGUCGCAAAGCGUCUUGGGCCUUUUUCG